GGUGAAGCCGCGAGAGAUCGGCAACGGACCAUAUCGAGACCCGCGAGCACAACCAUAUCCAUAUGCACCGCCGCGGUUUCUAGAGCCGGAACAAAGACUCCCGGAUCAACACCCUCAUCUCAUGCUCUACAACCAAGGUCAACGGGCAAUCUCGCCCGACCUCGGCCUCGGACCUGCAGGCCAAUCUCAGACUGCCCUCUCGUCCUCUGGUUUCCCGACCCAGGUUCUCAACCGAAAUCAAGUAUCGAGCACGAAUAGAGUACCCUCGUUCCAGCAAAAUUCUCAGCCAACAACUCCAGCGACUCAAGCGGCACCGUUGUGGCCUUCGAUAGCUUGUCCGCCCGAAUCUUUCAAGAAGGGCGAUAUCAGGUGGAUGAGGAACAUGAACGAAGUCUUGCAGGCUAUACCGGGUAAUCAAGUCAUCAUCCCGUUGGUCAACGAGUUCUUUCUCGAAGCUAGGAGGUCUUGGCAUCCGUUACACGAAGUUCUCGUCAGGGAAGAGUUCCGGCAGUUCUUGACCCAUCGGUCAGAUCCUGGGUUCGCCUUUGAUCCAGCUUGGCUAGCUCUGUUCUGUUCGAUGCUCUGUACGAGCGCCAUCGAUAUUCAAGACAAUCCCGCCUCGUUUUCUGCCAGUCCGAUCGAACUUCAACGGAUGGACUUGUCCAGGCUGUCCAAGGACCUUCUAUUGGCUUCGGACACCGCGCUGCUAUGCUCGGAUUGGAUGAUGAGGCCGCAGAUGAGGGUGCUCUAUACGUACCUUGUGAGAGUUUCCAGAUCUGUCGAUCUCGAGAUGAUGACAGGAGUCGUCCCCGGUGCGUAUCAGACAACGAUCGUGGGGACCAUGGCUGGGAUCUGCAAACUCUUGAACCUGGAUCAACUCGGCUCGGAUCCUCUCAAGAUGCCGGACGACGAUCCCAUGUUGCCUCCCGGAUCGAGCACGCUGAAACGUCAGCUCGCCUGCCAAGCUUUCAACGCCGUCUUUUUCUACGACACCUUUAGCGAAUUUCGGCAGGGUCUCAAUCGGAACAGCCUGUCAUACGCUUUUGUUGCUGGCUCUUAUACAACCGAAGCCAGUCAGAAUUUCAAGGAGACGAUGAAUACCACGUCAAUCGUGCCCCCUCGCCCGUUGACCGAAUACACGGAAAACACCUGGGAAGUGCACAAGCAUCGGCUCGCCAUGCAUUGGCGCCGUACUUCGGAAAACUUGGCGGUAGGUUUCGGUAGCAAGACGUACGAGACGUUGUUAGCUCGGGACGCCGAGCUCCGUGAAGAGCAUCGAGAGUUGUUGGACAUCGAAUUUGUCGGAAUAAAUCCCAACGAUACCAGUUUCGGGGUUAUGGACAGUGGAUAUCAUCAAAGGUUCCUGAAUCUCCAUCGACCCUUCCUCAUAAGGAGUUACCGCGAACCGAGGUAUAUCUACUCGCAAAGAUCAUGCGUGGAAUCAUCGUUUCGCAUUACUUCUCUGCAUCGCGAGACAUUCUCUCGACCGGGACUCAAAGCAUGGUACCUGUACCGCCACCACCUGUCUGCCAUUACGGUGCUCUUCAUCCAUGCUCUACACACACCAUAUGAAGUACCUCGGGUCAAAUCGGAACUCAGAAUGUCGCUCGAACUCUUCGAAAAGUCCAAGGUCUGCAAGCUACCGUCGAUCAUCAGGGCCGCAGGGAGAGGCGACAGCAUCAUCUUGGCCAUGCUGCAGGUCAGUCCAUAUCGCACGACCGAGGUUGUACUGCUGAUGUCGUACGGCUGACCGAACGGUUUGGUCACGUACAGAUGCUGGAAUCACCCGAGCGAAGCGCGAAAUCGAUCGAACACAUCAUGAAGGAUGUGGUCCGCAACGUUUCGACGCCGAAAGCGACCAAGAGCAACGCGCCAUCGACCUCGACUAGCAAUCCGGCCUCGCAGGGUCCAUCGCCCGAGGCCCAGG